UUUUGAAAGAAAUAUGUCUAUUACACCUACUCCAGAACUGUUGACCGAAGCAGCAGGUGUUAAAAUCUUUAUGACACCUUUACUAGAGGAAGGAUUUCUAUCGAAUGUAGCUUCGAUUACGGGAAAAAUUUGUGUAACGUUGCAAAACAUUAAGGAAGCGAAAUCUUGUGGAUUUCAUCUGACAAAAUCAAAAUGGGAUCCUUAUCCCUGGGUAAGCUGCGUCGAAACGGGAAGUCUUGCGGAUACAGGCGGUCUUAGAGCUGGUGAUUGUUUAGUGAGCAUCGAAGGGAAGGAUUUAAUAGGAUUAAAAAUAAAAGAAGUUGCAACAUUGAUUCACGAGCAUGAGAAACAAAAUAUAAAUCUAUUUAUCUGGAGAUAUAUUAAUGAAGAAGAAAAAGAAGCAGGAGCAGGAGUAGCUAUAAAAGGACCAUUGCCUGAUGUAGCAAAUAAACUUGCAAAUGCGGUUUCUGGAGUUGUGAAGGCUCUAGAAUGCCCAAUUUGUUUGGAGAGUUCCAUGCCCCCAGUAUCUCAAUGUGUUCACGGACACAUCAUUUGUGUAGGAUGCAGACCAAGAAUGUCUCGUUGUCCAGUUUGCCGAGUUAGAUUAGGUCAAGGCAGAUGCUUGCUCGCAGAUAAACUCCACAAGGUAUUUCGAGAUGUUUUUGAAAUAAAGGACAAUUCACGCGAUAAUAUAGAAUACCAAGGUUGGACUCUCCAAGAUCGUCUUUUUGGCAAAAGUAACAAGAAGAUUACGCCACUAGACAAAUCAAAAAAUAAUGGCGCGAUUCUGAAGGCGCGUCAUUUACUAUUAUCUAAACUAUUUUUUGGCGGAGUGGAGAAAGCUGCUUCGGCAGAUAAUCUAGCAACAGUUUCCAGUGAAGUAUCUAAUAUGAACGAAACAUUAAAGAACAACUUAAAGUUUGAGGAUUGUUUAAGAUUAGCUGACCGUACGAAGUCUGCUAGCACUGGAGAAUUGUCAAAAGAAACAAUGAAAAAUGUUAUCAAUGAAUCUUUACAAACUGAUGGUAAUGAUAGAAUAUCGAGGGUUACUAGCAGAAUUUCAAGCACUGCCAGUUUAAUGUGCAGCAUGUCUCAGAAAGGUUCAAUGGAUUCUGUAUCUUGUAUACAAAUAGCAUGUCCUUUUGAAAGACAAAGCGGUUGUAAAGAUAUUAUUACUCCUGACUUAGUGUUGGAACACUUGAUUGGAGUUCAUGAAGUUCCACACAUUCAUUUCUAUUCUACUCCUGUACAGAUUCCGUUGCCACUUCCAUUUGGUAUUAACGCUGUUUAUAUAUUACAUUAUGCUGGAGAACUUUUCUUCCUGCAGUACGAACAGGAAGCUGUCUGGAUUUCGUGUGCGACGGGAGGAACAAAUUCAUGGGAAUGGAUUUUGCAUGGUCAAGGAGAAAACAGUACUGAAAUAAAGGUGCGAAGAAAUGUAGUCAGCCUCGAAAUUCCCAUGAUUGUACUGUCUCAACAUAUAGCACCAUUGCCGAACUCAUUGUCAUUGCGAAUAUUGGAUAUUCAGUUGAAAGAAUGUAGUUCCCACGAACAGUUAGAGGUAUAAAAUCACGUGUAUAUAUAUGAUAUAAAAAAAGUAACAAGACCAUUUAUUAUUGUUAUAAUAAAAAAUUAACAACUACAUCAUA